GAAUACGGAGUCGUUUAACCACAGGGUUAAAGGGGACUUUAAACAUUUGAUUAGAGCACGCGUACUUAUUUACAAUAUAUAUAUAUAUUCGUAAACAAAUAGUUACGUAACGAGCACACGCGCUUGUGCAAUCGUUACACAAGUGCAUCGCGUGCGGCGUGUUUGUGCUCAUGGUCGCGCGGACUUCCGUGCGUUUGGUUUGGCGUUAUUUUGUCCAAAACAGAGUGGGAGAUAUGUCCUCCAAAAUACGAAUGCCGUCUCCGGAGGGAGCGCUACCUGGAAGAGAGCAGAGCAUGAAAGUGUCAGCUAAGCACGACGUGAAUGGUAACAGGACAGUGCCACCGUUCCCAGAGGGAUUGCAGAUGGUCUUAUUCGGUAUGGGCUGUUUCUGGGGAGCGGAGAGGAAGUUCUGGAGGCAAAAUGGGGUCUAUUCCACUCAAGUGGGCUACUCUGGCGGUUACACCCCAAACCCCACCUAUGAAGAGGUGUGCACAGGUAAAACAGGACACACAGAGGUGGUUUGCGUGGUCUAUGUGCCUGAGAAGAUCCACUUUGCACAGUUGCUGAAGGUAUUUUGGGAAAGCCACGAUCCUACACAAGGAAUGCGACAAGGCAACGAUGUUGGGACGACCUAUCGCUCAACCAUCUACGCUUACACACAGGAACAGCUCGACCAGGCAUUGCACUCCAAGGAUGAAUAUCAGAAGGUGCUGACUGAAGAGGGUUUUGGAGCCAUCACGACAGAAAUAGCAAUGACUAAGGAGUUUUACUAUGCAGAAGACUAUCACCAGCAGUACCUCAGCAAGAACCCCAACGGCUACUGUGGAAUGGGCGGCACCGGGGUCUCCUGCCCAAUAGGACGGAAGAGUAAAAAUUAACAUGCUUCUCCUGUCCUGUGAUUGACCGAUCCAAAGAUCAGCAUUUAUGUGAAAUAAAAAGCUUUUGUAACAUUAUACACUAUACCAUUCAA